AUGUAUUAACAUUGGCUGAAAAGAGUACAACUGGACACCUCUUCCCCUGGUUGCAACUCUGCACAGUGUUUAGUUUAUGGCUGAGAAAUGUACCUGUCUAAUAACUGCUACGCUGUGCAGCACUUAGUGAGAAAUAUUCUGCAGAGACACAAGCACAUCUAUAGAAAUUCAGCAGCUGUUAUCAGGAGCUGAGAGUUUAGUCAGUGAGUAUGAAAGCUGAAGCCCCCUGCAGUUUUUCAGCAUGGAAAACAGGUCUGGAUUUCCUCUCUUUCCUCUUUUUUUGUUUUACUCCAUAUUCAGCUCUCUAAAGCACUGAGAAUGGUGAAGUCUAGGUGAUGAGAUGUGGUCAGAACACUGUCUUUCUAUGCAGGAUCCAGUAUAGCUGCCUGGACUGUCCUCUGAGGGAUUACAUUCUGCACUGUACAGAAAUCAGAAGGAAGAAAGGCACUGAAUGACUCAAAGCAUAGCAAACUGUCUCCCAAACAAGGACUAAGGAGAGGGUGCUAUGAGUGGACAGCUCUCUGAAUGUCUGCAGUAAAGGAUCCAAGGUGCAAACCAAAUCCAUAUAGAAGAAUAACAAAAACAUUCAUGCUUUAAAGGAUAUCAGAUGGAUUGCUGUUUAUGAACAUGUUUCCUAAUGGAAUAUACAGGAAAAACCCCAUGCUGGCGGCCCCAAGAAAAAACUUCCCAACAACAUCCGCUGGUAUUCAGUAAGUAUGUCUGAAGAGAGAAUGAAGUGGAGUUUAGAAAAACUUUUGUCAUUUUGGGUCACAGACUGGAUAUCAACUAGUCCCAUGUUAAAUGCCUCUCAGAAGACCAUUGCAAUAUGACUCAAAGCAUCAUGGAAAUCCAAACCAUUGCUUGGCUUUGGAGAAAAAGACUGCUCUUUGUAUUUCUCCUUGGCAUGUUUGAUUUGAAGUUUUAUGUUUCCCUAAAGCACAAUAGGAAGUAAUCCCUUUUGAUGAUGAGCACUUUCAGUGGCACUGGGAUGUUGAUCAGCCUGACAACAGUAUCCAUCAUUCGGUCUCUAGAUAUUAAUUUCCACAAUGGACUGAUGGCGUGGCACAUAAACAACAACGUGACUCUUAAUCAGAGCAUGCCAACAUCUGCCCCUCCAAAUGCAUCUGAAGAGGAAACUGUCUCCCAUGAAUCACUCGUCAACAAAAAUUGGUCUGCCCUGUUGACCUUGAUUAUUAUUAUUUUGACUAUUGGAGGUAAUAUACUUGUUAUCAUGGCGGUUUCGCUUGAGAAGAAGCUUCAAAAUGCGACCAAUUUCUUCUUGAUGUCUCUGGCUGUGGCCGAUAUGCUGGUAGGAAUCUUGGUGAUGCCGGUAUCUCUUGUUACCAUACUGUAUGAUUAUGCUUGGCCAUUGCCACGGAAACUCUGCCCUAUAUGGAUUUCAUUGGAUGUCCUCUUCUCUACUGCUUCUAUCAUGCAUCUGUGUGCAAUCUCUCUUGAUCGUUACGUGGCAAUCCGUAACCCAAUAGAACACAGUCGUUUUAAUUCAAGGACUAAAGCUAUGAUGAAAAUUGCUGCCGUCUGGACUAUUUCAAUAGGUAUUUCAAUGCCAAUUCCUGUGAUUGGCCUACAGGAUGACUCCAGCGUUUUUGUGAAUAGUAGCUGUGUUUUGAAUAAUGAAAAUUUUGUACUUCUGGGAUCAUUUGUGGCAUUUUUUAUUCCUCUCAUCAUAAUGGUGUUCACAUAUUGCCUGACCAUAAAGGUACUUCAAAAGCAAGCUACAGUAUUCAUGUAUGAAGAGGUUCCAAAGCAGAGGAGGAGCAGUGUUAACUGUCUGAAAAAAGAAAAUAACACCGAAAAUAUUUCAAUGAUUCAGAAUCAUGAGGCAGCAUCUCAUUUAAACUCUCCUAUAAACAAAGAAGGAGCUCUUUUCCGCAAAGGAACAAUGCAGGCAAUUAACAAUGAGCGAAGAGCUUCCAAGGUUCUUGGCAUAGUCUUCUUCUUGUUUUUGAUUAUGUGGUGUCCUUUCUUUAUCACAAAUAUCAUGUCUGUACUUUGCAAAGAGGCAUGUGAUUAUGAACUAAUGGUUGAGCUUCUGAAUGUAUUUGUGUGGGUCGGUUAUGUUUCUUCAGGAAUUAACCCACUGGUCUACACGCUUUUUAAUAGAACAUAUCGUAGAGCAUUUGCCAGUUAUAUCCGGUGUCAGUAUUAUAAUAGUAAAAAGACAAUGUUGCAGCAAAACCAAUGUCAACACAAUGCUACAUCAAUAGCAAUGUAUGGCAAGGACCUUAAUUUGAAUAGUUACAGAAAUGGCAAUGAUCUAACAAAUGUGGACAUGGACCAAACCGAGGAAGCAAUAGAAAUGCAACCUGGCAUUUCAGAACUUUCCAUAAACAGUUCUAAUGUUGUAAGUGAAAGAGUUAGUUGUGUGUGAGGGAAGUUCUGACAAAAAAAUAUAAAAAUCUUAUUUGUCAAAAUUAUAUUUCAACAUAUAUAAUGCAAAAAUGUAAAUAUUUCUUCAGAGCAGACAUUUUUUAUUACAUUUCUGCAAUCUUUUUUGUUGAUUAAGCCGCAGUACUAAUAUAUUUCCCAUUGUAAUAGAUAAAGUAGCAGUUAUUUUGAUUAAAUAAUGGAUAUAAUGUUAACUUUCUUUCCAAAUGCAUGAAAAAUGGCUAAGAGUACAUUUUAACAUUCCGGUGUCCUUCAAACACUGAGAUGUAGACAUUCAUAAAUUAUAUAGAUAAAUGUAAGUUUCAUAAAACUUUGAAGUGAUGCCAUCUUGUAUGCACGAGUUUCACUAUGGGGUAAGGAAAUUCUACAUUUUUCAAGAUACUUAUUUUAUAUAAGACAGGGAAAAGAUGGUGACCAGCCUACAACAAAAUGGAAUGAUUUGAUUCUACGGAUUUAUUCGAUGUAAGAAGUGUUUGUGAGACAAUAUAGCCUAUUUUUUCCAGGUAAUGAUAUCAUGUACAACUUUAUUCAGUGUUUCAUGUUAUACACUGCAAUAACAGUGAAAGUAAUGUCAAUGUUCUACUGUAUGUAUAAUAUUCACAAAUAAUAUUCUAAUGUAAUUGGUUGACUUUACGUUAAAUCCGCCUAAAUUAUGUAUAAAUAGCAGUUUAAGGGACAUACACAAAAAGCACUGACACUAACUUUGCAAGACCCCUCCCAAUAUAAUUUGACAUUUACCAAUAUGAAAUCUAAUGUUAAAAAGUCUAUUGUUUUAUUCUUAAUUAUAAUUUGUCUCACUAUUGUGUAUUUUUACCAAUAUUUAUCUGUCAGCCCAAAGAUGCCAUAAAUUGGAGACACUUUCUGCCAGCUAAGCCACUCUGCACUGUGAAUUGGCCAAAGCAACAGACUCCAUAACCAAUGUCUGAUUGGGGUUUAUUAAAAUAUUAGUUGAGAACUAGUCAUGGAAAGACUACAUUUUACACAAAGUGCAUAUUGACAUCAUCUUUGGCCUGGGGUUGCAAUCAGGUCUACUAAAUUUGACCACCAUCUGGAUGACCAUAUCUGUAAGAGACCAGGUUUUACCAUACCCACCAAAUGACCAGAUCUUUCUACCUAAGGAUACUAUUGAAAAGUAAAUAACACAUGUUUUAAAAGUCUUACUUCAAAAUGCUUUUCAACUGUUCAGGUUUGAACCAGAAAUAAUCCACAUAAACUGAUUGUUGUGAUUUAUAUGUGAUAUUGAACUUGGGCCACACAUGUAACAAUUAUUGCACAUAUUUAGCUUAUAUCCUAUUUUAUUUACCUUGGCGUAAGGUAGUUGACAGGUGCAGUCUAUUUGGAGAUCCUACAAGGCAGACUUGCCAUAAUCCAAUAAGAUAAACUAAAUAUAUUAUAUUUUAAUUUAUUAUAAACCCUCUCUCUAAAUGUAGGUAACCUUAAGCUGAACAAGCGACAAAACACAAGUACUACUGCUAUGUCUAUCUUCACUAGUUUGCUUGAACACUUGUCACUUCUAUACCUGGUGUCUGCUUAAACUAAAUCUGAAAUAGCAGUUAAUAAACUGUUCUAUAUUUUCAUAUUUUUAUUUGAUGCCAACAUUUUGAUGGUAGCUUGGUAAGUCAUGUCAUGGUACACUGGUAAUGAGUCAGACAUUGCUGAUCUCUCCUUUGUGGCUACUGUUUGCAUAGUACAUUAAAAAAAUCUCACCACCCUCAAACUGUUAAAGAGGAGGUGCUUCUUCUUUGAAA